GUGUCUCUGUCUCUGUGUGUGUGUCUCUGUGUGUGUGUGUGCGUGUGUGUUGUUGUCAUGAGGAUGGUGUUCAUGUGAUCAGCUGAUUCUGUUUAAACUCGAUCAGAUGUUUCUUCAGUCUGAACUCGACACUCGAGCAAUGGAGCGUAAACUGGAUCUGACUCGUCUGACGGAUGAAGAGGCCAAACACGUGUGGGAGGUGAUUCAACGAGACUUUAACCUCCGCAAGAAAGAAGAGGACCGACUCGGCGAGCUGAAGACUCGUAUUGAAAAGGAGGACUCGAAGCGGGAGCUGCUUGGCGCUCAGACUCCGCUGUCAGAGUCUCACUGUAUCCGCUGCCUGCAGCCCUUCAAGUUCCUGCUGAACAGCAAACGUCAGUGUUUGGACUGUCACAUGUUCACCUGUAAGGCCUGCAGCCGCUACAACAAGAAGGAGCACGGCUGGGUUUGUGACAACUGUCGCAUGACCAGGGUGCUAAAGAUCGGCACAGUGGGCUGGUACCAUGACAACAUCAGGAACCGCUUCAAACGCUUCGGCAGCGCGAAAGUGAUGAGGUCACUAUACAAGAGGCUGAACGGAGACGGUGGGAGAGAUGACGACACUCAGAGCAUGCCGGACGUUCGCACCUACAUGAACAACGGUACAGAGGACGAGCGUGCAGAGGAUGAGGCUCAGCGCUACAAAGUGAUGAGGAAGAGUAAACGUCUGUUGUCAGUUCAUCCUCUCGACUUUGACCCCGAAGAUUACUUCCCUUACUCACGCCGACCAUCUGUACAGCAGAUGCAGGACGAGCGUGGCUACAGGAACGACAUGGACGACUCAUAUAACCACCGAGUCAACCGCAGGAAGAGUGUGGAUAGAUACAACAUGAGACCUGAGGACGUUGGGGACAGCAGGAUGGUGCGUACUCGCUCUCUCUCUAAGAUCAGCUCCUCGGUUGCUAGGCAACAGUACGUUGACACCUCAGAUGAGGACGAUUACCCUCGACAGCCCCCCCACCGGCGCAGGAACAGCAGAACGUCAUCACAGGAGAACCUGGGACAGGGUCAGCCUAUGAACGAGCUGAACAAACGAAUGUUCGCCAUCGAGAGUCUGCUGAGUCGUCUGGAAGAGAAGAUGACGCCUGCAGACGAGACAUCGGCUCACACUGAGGAGGAGAAGCUGAGGAGGAAGCUGAGCGAGCUGGCGGGGAACCUGAGCGAUAAAGGGGGGCUGUCGUCGGACGACGAGGCCAACAGGAAGCUUUCCUUUCUGGGCAGAGGUCGGGCCGGAGUUAAGGGGGGCCCGGGGGUCUCUGUGAAGGACAAAGGACUGAGCUCAUCCAGCGACGAGGCGCCCACCGAGGCUCAGAAGAGAUCGACGGCCGCCGCCCUCUGUGACCUCACCACCGAGGUCCUGAGGACCAUAAACGCCACAGAGAAUGCCAUGGUGGAGUUCGGCCACUCAGAUCCCCCACACAGACCCUCGUUAGCCAGCUCUGACGUAAAGCAGGCAGAUGAUGCGUUCAGGGAACUUGAGGAAAAUGUGUACGUUGCGGCAGGUCAGUCAUUCGAGAUCGAGUCGAAGUUGCGGCGGUUGGAACAGAGCGCCAAGAAUCAUUUUGGAGGGGCAACAGACUCAGAGCUGUCGGAGCUGGAGGACGUGGUGGCCCUUACUGCCGCCAGGGUCCAGAGUGCCGAGAGCGAGGUGUCUGACAUUGAAACUAAGAUCGCUGCUCUGAACGCUGUCGGCUCCAAGAAAAAAGUUUCAGGAUCUCACCAGAAGAAGAAGUCUUCUCAGGCCGCGUCCAGUAAGAAUCCUGUUCUCGUCUCUUGAUUGAUCAACGUCCUCGCCAUGUUUUCAUUGUGUUGUUGUUUUCAUCUUGUUGUUGUUUUCAUCGUGUUGUUGUUUUCAUCGUGUUGUU